AUGGCUUCGAAUAACCGUCAGCCUGAGCGACCGCCAACAUAUUUCUUCCCUGCAACACCCAAGUUGGCCGACACUCUAGGGACUCACGCUCCCAGGAGCAACCCUCCUCAACAAGUCAAGAGAGCAGAUGACGGAGAUGGCUCAACAGUUCCAUCAGUUCUGCGGAGAUCCUACCGUUGGGGUAGCGGGAACAAGCGGACACGCUCUUUUGAGGUUCCUGUAUUGAAUGAAGACCCCUGGGCCGAUUACGAAAAGAGUAUCUCGAUUUUCCCUAAACGGCACACUUUUCUUGCCAGACACCGUCAGAACAAAGAAGAGCUGGUUCACAUCGAGCAGCUGGAGAGGAACGUGGCGACGGAGUCGGUCCACGAUACCAUCUGCCGCCUUUCCCAUCCCAGUUUCCUUCGCCUUCUGUGCUGCUACCAUUAUGAAGGGUCGGCAUUCUUGGUUUGGGAGCCCGUGGAGCUGUCUUUGGCCCAGGUCAUUGGGUCCAAGUACGCAAUCCGGGAAGCAGAGCUUGUGUCUAUAGUGUGGCCAGUUAGUUUUGAAUUCCCCCUUUCUUGCCUUGAGACUUUAGUGCUUUUAGCGCCGCAGCUCACCACAUUUCAGAUUAUCCAGGGAAUCCGAUACUUACGGGACUCAAACCGUGCCCUUGCCUCCCUCACGUACGAGUCAAUUUUUCUCACCGAUUCUGGGAGCGUGAGAAUUACGGGCGUGGAACGCAGUUGCGAAAUCCACGCAGCAGACAUGAAUGCUGAUACGCUGAAGCUGUUUGCAUUAUCAGAUAUCAUCAACGGGCUUCGAAAGCAAAUGAGUCCACUCGAACCAUGGAGCCCUCAGGCUGAGGAACUGGCAACACGAUUGAUGACCACGCCUUUAGAUGAUGUAUGGCGGGAUGAUCUCUUUACCCAAAUGAAAGGCGGGGAGCUCAAGAUGCUGGUCAACGUCGUCAGUAAAAUCAGCCACUACGAUGUCAAAUUUUUCUAG